AUCUCGAAAACCCUCUCUCUUUGUCUCUUCUCCGACUGCGUAGUUUAGUUGGAAGCCUCGAAUCCAAAAUCAAUGGCGAACGACCAAGAGAUGAGUGGUUGGACUGAUCUUCUCCAUUCUUCGUCGAAGCUUCUGGAGCAAGCUGCUCCUUCUUCUCAAUUUCCUCCUCUUCAGAGAAAUUUAGAUCAGUUGGAAGCAUUAUCGAAGAAGCUAAAAGCUAAAACCCUAAGGAACGAAGCUCCUUCUCAGUCUAUUGCUGCCACUAGACUACUCGCACGGGAGGGAAUUAAUGCAGAGCAACUAGCUCGUGAUCUUAAAUCUUUUGAGCUCAAGACAACAUUUGAGGAUGUGUUUCCUGCUGAGGCGACGAGCGUUGAAGAAUACCUGCAACAGGUUCAUGAAAUGGCUAUGGUAUCAGCUAUACAGGAAGCCCAAAAGGAUAAUGUUCGAAGCUUUAAUGACUACAUGAUGAAAGUGCUGGAGGAGGAUUGGAGAAAAGAAAAACGCGACUUCCUUCAGAGCCUCAGCAGAAUAUCAAUGCUACCUAAAACGAAUUUGACUGAUACAAGCAGAGAGGUUCAUGCUGGUCAACUAGUGCCGGUGGCUUCAAGUCCUCGAGUGUCCUCAACACCAGGCAAAGAACUUGUGGCUCUGGCUAACAUACCCAUUCAUGAGAUAAAGGCAUACAUCUAUGGAGAGGUUGUGAAGAAACUUAACACUUCAAGAGAACGAGGCUUGCCAUUUAGACCUGCUAUGUGUUUUAAGGACGCUUAUGAUACUCUUGGUGCUGAGGUAACUCGCGGGAAAUCAGUCAACAUGCAGAAAAUCUGGCAGCUUGUUCAGGCAAUAACAGGUGAAGAUUCAGCAGUUCGCCAGGGUGUUUCGAAGAGGAUGUCCCUCGCGAUAGGUGCAAGACAUCAUUUACAACGUGGGCAUGAGAAAUAUAUAAUGGACACAAUUCAGAGUCAUCCGACACAAGCUGCUCUUGGUGGAUCUGUUGGAAAUUUGCAAAGAAUUCGUGCAUUUCUUCGGAUUCGUUUGAGAGACUAUGGUAUUUUAGAUUUCGAUUCAGCUGAUGCUCGUAGGCAGCCUCCUGUUGAUACUACUUGGCAACAGAUAUAUUUUUGCUUGCGAACUGGGUAUUAUGAGGAGGCUAGAGAAAUCGCUCGCUCAACUCGGUCAUCUCAGCAAUUUGCACCACUGCUUCAGAGCCUCAGCAGAAUAUCAAUGCUACCUAAAACGAAUUUCACUGAUACAAGCAGAGAGGCUCAUGCUGGUCAACUAGUGCCGGUGGCUUCAAGUCCUCGAGUGUCCUCAAUACCAGGCAAAGAACUUGUGGCUCUGGCUAACAUACCCAUUCAUGAGAAAAAGGCAUACAUCUAUGGAGAGGUUGUGAAGAAACUUAACACUUCAAAAGAACGAGGCUUGCCAUUUAGACCUGCUAUGUGUUUUAAGGACGCUUAUGAUACUCCUGGUGCUGAGGUAACUCGCGGAAAAUCAGUCAACAUGCAGAAGAAACUUUUACUCUACACCAUCAUUUCUGGCUCCCGUAGGCAAAUUGAGCGCAUACUGAGGGAUCUGUCUACACUAUUCAACACAAUUGAAGAUUUCUUAUGGUUCAAAUUAUCAUGCAUAAGGGACGUCACUGGUGGAUCUUCAUCUGUGGUCCUGAAUGAUGGCCUUGCACCGUACAGUUUAGAUGAUCUUCAGGCCUAUCUCAAUAAAUUUGAGCCUUCAUACUACACGAAGAAUGGUAAAGACCCCUUGGUAUAUCCAUAUGUUUUGCUUCUCAGCAUUCAGUUGCUACCAGCUAUCAUGCACUUAUCCAAAGAAGCAGGAGAUGGAGGGUACAAUAUCGAUGCUAUUCAUAUAGCUAUUUGUCUAGUGGACCAUUCCGUUUUAUCAGAAGGCUCUGGGACUGGCCACAAACUAAGUGUGAUGGAUCCUAAUGCUGAGGCAUCUAGCAUGAUAAGGCAAUAUGGGUCAAUGUUUUUGCAUCAUGGAGAUUUCCAAAUGACUGUAGAGUACUAUGCACAAGCUGCUGCUACUGUAGGUGGGGGGCAAUUAGCUUGGUCUGGAAGAAGUGAUAUGGAUCAACAGAGGCAGAGAAACUUAAUGCUGAAGCAGCUACUGACUGAGAUUCUGCUUCGAGAAGGUGGCCUUUACUUUAUGCUUGGGGAAAGAGGUUCUGGUGAAGAAGGUCAGCUUGGAAGGUUUUUUACUGAUUCUAGAUUGCGACAGCAGUUCUUGGUUGAAGCUGCGCAUCAAUGUCAGGAAGCUGGAUUAUAUGACAAAUCCAUAGAAAUACAGAAGAGAGUCGGUGCAUUUUCGGCUGCCUUGGAGACUAUAAACAAGUGUCUUUCUGAAGCCAUUUGUUCUCUCGCCCGUGGAAGGUUGGAUGGUGAAAGCCGAACAACAGGGCUCAUACUCGCGGGGAACGACAUUCUUCAGACUUACAAAUAUUACCCUGAAGUCAGUCCCCAGGAAAGAGAUCGAGUGAUGGAACAAGAAACCAUACUGAGAGAGCUUGAGGCGAUACUAUCAAUCCACAAGUUUGGUAGAUUAGGCAAUCAUCUGGAUGCUUUAAGGGAAAUUGCAAGACUUCCAUUCCUUCAUCUCGAUCCAAGAGUGCCCGAUGCAACAGCUGAUGUGUUCCAGAGUGCAUCACCUUACUUCCAGACUUGUGUCCCGGACCUGCUCAAAGUUGCACUAACGUGUUUGGACAAUGUACCUGACACUGAUGGAUCGAUCCGUGCCAUGAGAUCCAAGAUUGCUGGGUUUCUUGCAAGCAACACACACCGGAACUGGCCUCGUGACUUGUACGAGAAGGUGGCUCGAAGCUUUUGAAUAUUUUUGGGCUUAUCGUCCAGAUUCUUGACUCUGAUUCUGUUGACUUUUUAGUAGCUUUCAAAUCUUGCUUAUAAAGAUUAUUAAUAUGUGCAUUUUAGUUUUUUUUUUUUUUUUGGUAGAACAAAAGGGAGAAACCCUCCCAUUAUAAAUAAAAACGAACAAACUUAAAUACAAAUCUGUGGCGGUAUUGCAACUCCA